GUAUGGCACACUCAAGAUGGCGGAAUGGUGACGCCAUAACGAAAGUUCUUUAACACAGGUCAAAGUUCAUUUGUAUUUUCCCGGGAAAAUAAUGACGUUUUGAUCCACAUGACUGCUUCUAAACUUUCGUAUCACCACCGGCUGUUUAUGUUCAUCAGAAGCACGCCUUUAUAGGGUCUGAAAGGCAACGAUACUCACAUUUUCACUGUAUGCAAGCAUGGAGAAGAUAUCAGAGAAGAUACUGCUGGAAAAAGGUCUUCCAAAGACAAACAAACUGGCUCAGAUAAAGACACUGAAUCUCUCACUCAUGGGUCUUAAGAAGGAGGAUCUGCCCGUGAAUCUGCUAUCUAAACUACACAGCCUGGAGCAGCUGGAUCUGUCUGGGAACAUGCUGCAGGAGUUUCCCAAAGGUCUGUGUCUGCCCUGCCUGAAGAUCUUGGAUUGUUCAAACAACGAAAUGGAGGAUGUAUUGUCACUGGAAGGCCUGAGCAACAUGGAAGAACUCAGACUGGAGGACAACAUCUACCUCACUGUCAAUGAUGAACACAAAGUGAUCUUCCUGUUACCUAAGUUGAGGAUGUUCAAUGGCAAGGAUAUCAGCUCUACGGGUCAUCAUAUUCGCCACGGCAGCACUGAAAUUCUCACAAAGAGGGUUAUUGGUGUUUGGGAACGAAGCUUUAGUCUUCCCGAUCCGGUUACGAAAAAAAGCCUGGCUACUGUUGAGAAGAGCUUUGUUAAGGAUGCCUGCACCCAAAUAAAAUACGGCCCCAGUUCUUUGAGUGAUUACACAAAGUGGAGGAUUGAAAUGAUCGCAAAAGAUUACUUCCAGUCACUGACGUGCAGUAAAGAGGAACACAGUGUCACAACUCCAACCAAGGAGUAUGAGAGUCCUGUGGAAAAACAGAUGUGUGAUACUGCAGCUUAUGGUACCACAAGUCCUCAGAAGAGAACCAGAAACACUGACAUCACUGCCAGUCCUCGAAAGUCAAGUCGCCUGUCGAAUGCUUCCACUGUUGAGGCCAGCCCAAGAAAACCCUCUCGACUGCUGAGUUCUCCAAUGAAAACUGAAACUAUACUGUCCAGCCCUAGAAAGCAGACCAGAACAACCAUCGAGGCAGCUCUAGAGGGUAGUCCCAGGAAAUCAAGCCGCCUAGAAAGUAUUCCACAGAAAGGCGCUAGCAAAACUGAAAGCCCUAGAAAGGCACCUAAGAGCCCAGCCAUUUCCAUUCCCAUGUUGAGACUGGCUAAAUGUGAGAGUCCAAGUAAAACUGUUAAAGAUAAGCCCACACCUCAAAAAGGCAAACGGACCAAAACUGAAACCGGCACACCUCAGAAAAUGGCCAUCGGUAAAGUUCCUCAGGAGCCGGUGAGUCUGCAGCCCAUCCAUGUCCUGCAGUGUCACAGUCGACAGGACAGUCCCGAAGAUUUUGACACUCAGCUUUGGGCCUGUGCAUUCGAACCCCCACAGGACUGCGGCAGCGAUUUUAGCGGUGGCUCUCGGACAGUUGCCACGUGCGGUGGGGAAACUUUGUGUGUCAUUGACUGCGAGUCUGGACAUGUGCUGAAGAAAUACAAGGUUCCUGGUGAGGAGUUCUUUUCAUUAGCGUGGUCCACAGUACUGAUGUCCCGGACUGGUGCUUCUGCUCGCCCCUGUAAUCUGGCUGCUGGGGGUAAGAGAGGCCUUGUCAAGCUCAUUCAUCCCAGAGUGAAUUUGGCGUUCGGAGAGUUUCGUGCCAGUCGACGGGCCAUUUCUAUUGUGCGCUUCAGUCCCUGCAAUCCUACAUUUGUCUUCACUGGGUCUUACGAAAAUAAGAUAAUUUUGUGGGACAUUGGUGGGUUGGAUCGUGACUACAACUUCAAAAUCAGUAAGCUGCUAGUGCUGGAAACGACCUCCACUCCUCUCCACCUCUCCCUGGUCCCUGGGUCUCAAGACAGACAGCUCCUCUCAGCUUGUGAUGAAGGGCUAUUUAGCUUUGACAUCCAGCUCAGUAAAAACAUACAGAAGAGAAAUGAGGAGAUGGAGAUUGUGUUUCCUAUUUACAAGAAAAAGGACAAGAAGAACAGCUACCGUACUAUUGACGGGCUAAGCUUCCUCUCAGAUGAUAUAGUGGCUUCCAAGAGUCAGAUGCAGGGCUCAAUCUACCUGUGGAGCUGGAGCGCUACACGUGCCUCAUGGAACGGCAAAAAGAAAGAGGUGACAGCUGUUGUACUGGCAGAGCUGCAGUGGUCCAGCACCGAUAUCCCGUACCUGUCUUUGGGCACCUGCCCAGGAUACGGUUACGUCGUGUGCGGUGACGAGAAGGGUAGUCUAUGGACAUACCAUAUCACAGACAACAUGAUUGAACAUUUCAAGAGUGGAAAAACUUUUGCAGUCACCGAGGUGCUGGGGUGGCCAUCACCUGUUAGAGCUGGAAAGGGUCCAGUAGAGGGGCCGUCUAUUAACAGCGUUGCCAUGGAUCCUGAUCUUCGUUAUUUGGUUGCCCUUACUGACAAGAACAUGGCUGUUGUGUGGAGAAGAGAGGAGAGCCACUGAACCGCAAAAGAUGUUUUAUGGCUUUUGUGACCUGCAGUUUUAUGGGGAAAAUCAGGUCUUGAGGACAUUGAAAAACUCCAUUACAUUACCCAGUUUAAAUAUUGUCUCAAAGAGACAGAAAUUCUAAUUCAGUCCUCAUGUACGUGUCUUUUAUCAAUUUUUUAAGGUCAAAUUCAAUUUACGUUGCAAAUAGUCUCCUGCUAUUAGAUUUUGUUCUUUUAAUAUUUUAUGUUCUUCUGUUUUAAGUUUUAGACAUUGUCAAAAUAGAUCCAUUGUAACAAAAAGAUGCUGUCAGAAAAAAAUGAUUCAAACAGCGAUGUCUUAUUUAAAUAAUGCUUCAAAACAUGAGUUGGUGUCAUACACCAGCUUCAAUGUUGACAAACUUCUGUACUGGACCCUUUGAAGUGCCACUGGUUUCAACCUGGUUUUAUUCAAGACUGCAACAUAUUCGUUGAUGGAUUAUAGUUGAAUAAAAGGACUUCUGAUGGAAAACCUUAAUUAAAACUGAACAUAAUUAAAAAAGUUAUGUAGUUAUAUAUAGCAAUGGCAUCGAAUUUUCACCAUAAUGUCUAAAUUUAAGUAAUAUGGAAUUCAUGUGGAACUGAAGAAACCUUAAAGAAUACAAUGGAGUUAC